AUGAUGCAGAAGAAAAGUUUCAAAGGUACAGUCGUGAAGUUUGACUUCACAAUGUCUCCAUUUCCCGGUGAUGAUGAAGAAGAGGUGUUUGACAGCAUUGUGAAUGACGAAGUCCGCUACCCAAGAUUCCUCUCAACAGAAGCCAUCUCCAUUAUGAGAAGGUUAUUAAGAAGGAAUCCCGAGCGACGACUUGGAGCCGGUGAACGUGACGCGGAGGAUGUGAAGAAACAUCUGUUCUUCAGGAAUAUUGACUGGGAUGGACUAUUAGCAAAGAAAGUGAAGCCACCAUUUGUACCCACAAUCCAGAGUUCCAGUGACGUUAGUAAUUUUGAUGAUGAAUUUACCUCAGAGGCUCCGGUGCUCACACCGCCCAGAGAGCCCCGGCCCUUGACCCAGGAUGAGCAGGACCUGUUUGCAGACUUUGACUAUAUUGCAGACUGGUGUUAGCCACUUGUUGACAUCCGUCCCUCUCCACACACACACAGAUACAGAAAAUGUGAAUCAGAUCAUUUGCAGAAAUCCCUUUUUGUCGUCAGUGUUAUUUUAGGAUUACCACAACCCCUUUUCCGUAUUAACAUGAUGAAGAAACGUUUAUUAUAAUUUUUUUUUAAAUGGAGUAUGUUCAGGUUCGGGAUAAUUAUUCCAUUUCAUCAGGACCUAAGCACUGAUCAUGAAAAACAUAAACUGAGCAGUAUAGUUUACAACUAUACUGACAACUGACACAAUGAACCAUGUGAUCAGGUGCCUCACUGACACCCCCUUGUGUUGAGGAAGCCAGCACGCCACAUCCACUUUCAUCUUGCCCACAGAAUUUCUUCAGUCACACUGAGAAUGAUGAGCCUUCGUUUUUAUAGUUUUGUUUUUGAAGCAUUUACAAUGCGACUGGUUUAAAAAAUCUGUCAAUGUUAAUUAUGUGAAAGGGUUUUUAAAGCCAUAGACCGAAAUAAUAGGUGAUACAUUGUACCUCAUCCAGUGAAUGUAUAGUUUGCCACGAUUACCAAAACAUCUAGCCAUUUUUAUGUAAUGGAGACUAUACUCUUCCCUACAGUACAGUAUUAAUGCAUUAUGAUCCAAGUUACAACGAAAACCGCAAAUAUGAACUACCAGUUACAACUCUAGUCAUACAUGUCAGUGCUUUGAAACAGGAAAUGCAUUUACUUCCAUUCAGCAAGUUAUUUUUCUAUCAAGUUUCAGGAUAGGGUCAUGUUUUGUUUUGUUUUUUUACCAGACUUAAGCUGUCAGUGGAUUUACACUACCGUUCAA